CAGUAAACAUCCUGCGGAUUUGAAAGCGGCGUUUGGGCGGCCGGAAGGCGCAUGACCGCCAUCUUGUUUAUUUGAGUAGAUCUGGGAGCGAGAAAAAAGGAGGGAGGCAACGGCGGUCGCCCUGAGGAGGGACCGGAAUACGGCGCCAGCGCUCUGCGGUCUAUUCCUUUGUUUUUAACCUAAUCCGGAAAAAAUGUUCUACGCGCACUUUGUUUUGAGCAAGAGGGGGCCGCUAGCCAAAAUUUGGCUAGCGGCCCAUUGGGACAAGAAGCUGACCAAAGCCCAUGUGUUUGAGUGCAACUUGGAGAGCAGCGUGGAGAGUAUUAUUUCACCCAAGGUAAAGAUGGCUCUCCGAACUUCUGGGCAUCUUCUCUUGGGUGUUGUUCGAAUCUACCACCGGAAAGCAAAAUAUCUUCUUGCUGACUGUAACGAAGCUUUCAUCAAAAUUAAGAUGGCUUUUCGUCCUGGUGUUGUGGAUUUGCCAGAAGAGAACAGAGAAGCUGCUUAUAACGCCAUCACGCUGCCAGAGGAGUUCCAUGACUUUGACCAGCCCUUACCGGAUUUAGAUGACAUUGAUGUGGCCCAGCAGUUCAGCUUGAACCAGAGCAGAGUGGAAGAGAUCACAAUGAGGGAAGAAGUUGGUAACAUCAACAUCCUGCAAGACAAUGAUUUUGGUGACUUUGGAAUGGAUGACAGGGAGAUGUUGCGUGAUGGCAGUGCCUUUGAAGAUGACAUGUUGGUGAGCACCAGCUCCUCCAACCUCUUGUUGGAGCCGGAGCAAGGUACCAGUCAGCUGAACGAGAAGAGCAACCACCUGGAAUACGAUGAGCAGUACAAAGACGACAACUUUGGAGAAGGAAAUGAUGGAGGAAUUCUAGAUGAUAAACUGUUAAGCAAUGACGGAGGAGGCAUCUUUGAUGACCCACCAGCUAUCCCUGAUGAAGGUGUCGCAAUGCCUGCACAGCCUCCCCAUGAUGACGAUAUGGAUGACGAUGACAUCGUUUCAAUGGGCGGACCGGAUAGUCCAGAUUCUGUUGAUCCGGUGGAACCCAUGCCAACAAUGACAGAUCAGACUACAUUGGUGCCCAAUGAAGAGGAAGCUUUUGCCCUGGAGCCUAUUGACAUCACAGUCAAGGAAACCAAGGCCAAGAGGAAGAGGAAGCUGAUUGUGGACAGUGUUAAGGAGUUGGAUAGCAAAACCAUUCGUGCUCAGUUGAGUGACUAUUCCGACAUUGUCACUACCCUGGACCUUGCACCCCCCACAAAGAAACUGAUGAUGUGGAAGGAGACAGGCGGUGUUGAGAAGCUCUUUUCCUUACCUGCUCAGCCUUUGUGGAAUGUCAGACUACUGAAGCUAUUUACACGCUGUCUUACACCUGUUGUACCGGAUGAGCUCCGCAAGAGAAGGAAAGGUGGUGAAGCUGACAAUCUGGAUGAGUUCCUUAAAGAAUUUGAGAACCCAGAAGUUCCGAGGGAGGAAAUGAGGCAACAGGAUGUUAUUGAUCAGCCCAUCCUGGAAGAGGCUAGUCGUCUCCAGGAGUCUUUGAUGGAAGGAAGCCGGACCCAGAUGGAUGAAACUGUCAUGCCUCCUCCACCUCCUCAGCAAGGCGUCAAGCGUGAUUCGCAACAAAUGGAACCAGAGCCUGUAAUGCCGCAACCAGAGCCGCAGAUAGAAAUGCCCCCAAUGGAACUCCCCCCAGAGGAGCCUCAGAACAUCAAUGAGCUGAUCCCAGAACUCAACCUUCUACGAGAGAAAGAAAAGGAUGAGGAGGAGGAGGAAGAAGAGGAGGAGGAUGCUACAGGGACCGAACAGGAUCAGGAGGAGAGACGAUGGAACAAGAGAACCCAGCAGAUGCUACAUGGGCUUCAGAGAGUUCUUGCUAAAACCGGAGCGGAAUCCAUCAGUUUGCUUGACUUGUGCAGAAACACAAACCGCAAGCAAGCGGCAGCAAAGUUUUACAGUUUCCUUGUACUUAAAAAGCAGCAAGCCAUAGAGCUGACCCAGGAGGAGCCUUACAGCGACAUCAUCGCCACACCAGGACCAAGAUUUCAUAUCGUGUGACCUGUCAAAAUAUCCAUGGACCUUUUUUUAUGCUGGAGCAGGAUGCAUAGCAUGGCAGAGCAGUAUAGAAAAGGCUUCUCCAACACCCAUUUGGGUCAAAAGAUGUCAUGUUGAUCUGGCCCUUCCUUCCCCCUGCUUACGUUUAUUUUAAUGUAUGUACAAAAGUUUGCCUUUUUUAUUUUCUUUAAGUGUGACAACAAUUUUUAUGCGAUAUAAAUGUGGUUGGGAUGGUUUUUAUUCAGCAGACACCAUAUUUCUCCCGAAUUCUCGUUUUUUUGACCGCUCUCAUGCUGUAACAGUUGUGCGCAGUACUGGAAAAUGGAAUUCCGAGGGUUACUGAA